AUGAAUCUGGCAAACUACUCGUACUUCUCUGGCAUGUGCAACAUGACCGCAGAGCACUCGCCCGCCGAGGCCAGUCCUGUCCUCAUGUCCCCCAGCGUCAGCCUGGACUCCCCGCUGCCUCCGCCGCCUCUCAUGCUGCAGGCCCGCUCCAAGGACAACAUCCUCAUCAAGUCGGAGCCCCGGGGAGGCAGCCCCGGUACCGAGGACGGAGCCGCCCUGGGCCAGACGGAGGAGCACCUGCCCACGGGGAGCCGGCGCAGGAAGCGGCCGGUGCAGAGGGGGAAGCCGCCCUACAGCUACAUCGCCCUCAUCGCCAUGGCCAUCGCCAACUCCCCGGAGAGGAAGCUCACCCUGGGGGGCAUCUACAAGUUCAUCAUGGAGCGCUUCCCCUUCUACCGGGAGAACUCCAAGAAGUGGCAGAACUCCAUCCGCCACAACCUGACCCUCAACGACUGCUUCGUCAAGAUCCCCCGGGAGCCCGGCAGGCCCGGCAAGGGCAACUACUGGACGCUGGACCCCGCGGCCGAGGACAUGUUCGACAACGGCAGCUUCCUGCGGAGGAGGAAAAGGUUCAAGCGCACAGACGUGAGCACGUACCCGGGCUACAUGCAGAGCUCCAGCGCCUUCACCCCGACGCCCAUGGGCAGGCCGUCCUACCCCAACAGCCUGUACGCGGGCAUCGGCUCCGGGUACGGCUCCCAGCUGGCCGCCUCCUCCCCGCAUCCGGCCAUGCUGCACCACUACCAGAGCAGCGGGGUGGGCCAGGGCCAGCCGCGCAUGUUCAGCAUCGACAACAUCAUCAGCCAGCAGACGGUGGUGCAGAGCGGCCCGGUGGCGGAGCUCAACUCCCAGGCGCUGGGGCUGGGCGGAGGCGACCUGGGCGCCAUGACCUCCAGCUGCUCGGUCACCGGCACCGACCCGUCGGCCUGCUUCCAGCCGCAGAGCGUCAACCCGUCUGCCAACAUGCUGAGCAGGAACAGCGGGAACAUCUCAUCCAACCUGAGCGCCGGCUACCCCUACUCCUCCUCGGCCUCUCCUCCGAACCUGCCCGCCAUGAGCCAGUCGGGCUUCUCCCCGGGCAGCUCUCAGGUGUACUGCUCCGGCAACAGGCUGUCCCUGCCGGCGCUGCGCCCCAGCUCCUGCGCCGAGCACACGGAGCAGCUGCUGGGCCUGUCCAGCCCCAUGAACUCCUACAACAACAGCUACAUGAGACAGGCCAACUUUGCGUCAGGACUGGACCGGUACAUGUGA